GUAUUCAGUCCACAGCGAUCGUCAGCGCUGGCAGCGUGCCGUCCGUACGGAUGGCAUAGGCUUCGAGUAUUUAGCACCCUAAGGGUUAAGAAUGCGGUAUGAUCGAAAAGAGAGAGAGGGAGAGAGAGAGAUCUUUGAAAAGUUUUAAACGAGAGACAAAGUUUGAGAAAAUCACAUUGCGUCGAAUAAGCAGUUAUCUUGAAAUUAUUAUUCUAUUACUUUUACUUCGCUUUUGAAAUUGUUUAAUUCCGAUCGCUUUACCAGUAAGCUAACCAGUAACCGAUGAUGGAACUUCUCGAUGAUAAAAAGUUCGUAAAAGUUAGUGGUAUAAUGGUAUGAUAUCCAGGUAGUCGACUUCGCUGUUCCGUACCAAAGACCAAGCGGUUUCACGAUAAUGAUGCUGAAGAAAAGGAGGCAAGUCCCGUUCCUCAGGUUCCUAAUGAUCUUGGAGAUCGAUGUCUGGAUAGGUUUUGCGUUCGCUUUCCUCUUCACGAUAUUUCUAUUAUAUAGUCUGGAGAGGUACUCGCCCUUUAGCUACCGGAACAAUCGGGCAAAGUAUCGGAACGAGGCGGACGAUCGAUUCUCCUCGUUGAAGGAGUGUUUCUGGUUCGCGUUCACGUCAAUCACUCCCCACGGAGGAGGAGAAAUGCCCAAAAAUUUAUCAGGGAAAAUAGUGGCCGGGACCUGGUGGCUGUUUGGCUUCGUCAUGGUCGCCGCUUAUUCUGCCAAUCUCGCGGCCUAUGAAACUCUAGAACGGUUGGAGAGAAACAUCGAGUCCAUGGACGACCUUAGAAAGCAGUAUCGAGUUCAGUAUUCCACUGUGGCCAAUUCCUCGGCUUUCAGAUAUUUCUUAGCAAUGAGAUGGAUGGAGGAAUGGUUCUACACGUAAGA